UUGAUGACAUGUAGCAUAUGCAUGGUAUUUAUUAAGUUACAUAUAUCAAUUCUCCAUUACACAAACCAAAGCCCCCUCUGAAGCACAUCAAUUAAGUGGCAUCAGUAGUCAUCACCAUGUCUCUCUGCCAUCUUCCAUUCUCAAUGCUCAUAAUCAUCCUUUCUCUCCUGAUAAUAAACCACAUUUCUUCCGGAGCCAACGCCGCUGCCGUGAACACAUCCCUCUUCCGCCACCGCUACCUCACGGUGGAUUACUACUCCAAAACUUGCCCACACCUUGAACAGAUCGUCAGCUUCGUCGUUUCUCAGAAGUUCAAAGAUUCUCCGGCCACUGCUCCGGCCACCAUCCGCCUCUUCUUCCACGAUUGCUUUGUUCAGGGAUGUGACGGGUCAGUUUUAUUAUCAAGCAAGCCAGGAAGUAAAGAACUGGCGGAGAAGGAUGCGCAGGAUAACAAGGAAAUACCGGCGGAGGCGUAUGAUAUCAUAGAAAGCGCCAAAGGAAUGGUGGAAAGCAAAUGUCCAGGUGUUGUAUCUUGUGCAGAUAUACUUGCACUUGUAACUAGAGAGUACAUUCAUCUGACUGGAGGACCGUAUUACCCGGUAAAAAAGGGCAGGUGGGAUGGACGCACCUCAAUGGCAAGCUUGGUAUAUGCAAAUGUUCCUCAUGCAAAUUCCACCAUUGAUGAUCUAUUGAAACUCUUCUCAUCAAAAGGUCUAACAAUUAACGACUUGGUAAUCUUAUCGGGGGCUCAUUCCAUUGGUUUUGCACACUGUAAAAAUUUUGUGAACCGUCUCUACAACUUUAGAGGGACAGCAAAGCCGGAUCCAGAUAUGGAUCCAAGGCUCCUUAAAUCCCUUAGAAUGUCAUGUCCACAAUAUGGUGGCAACAUCAAUGUUGUAGCACCUUUUGAUGCUACAACUCCAUUUGCAUUUGACAAUGCCUAUUAUCAAAAUUUGCAAGGGAAAUUAGGGUUGUUGGCAAGUGAUAAAGCAUUGUUUUUGGAUCCUAGAACAAGGCCUUUGGUCGACGCUUUGGCUAAAGACAAGAACAAGUUUUUUCAAGAUUUUUCUUUGGCUAUGGAACAUUUGGGGAAUAUUGGUGUGAAAAGAGGAAAGAAGCAUGGUGAGAUAAGAAAGGUGUGCAAUAUGCAUAUAUAACUUAUAUCUUUUUUUUCUUUUACUGAAGUUUAUUUAUAAUUUGAUUCAAUGAUACCAAGUAAGAUUUUAUAAUUUUUUGGUUGUGAGUUUAUCUGUCAAUUAAAACAUACUUGGAUUUUCAUUUGAUUGAAGAUUCGGAGCUCAAUUCAAAAA